AUGUUAAAUCGUUUUAAUAAUAUAUUAUUUAGACAAUGUCAACAACAACAACAACAACAAUAUAAAAGUAUAGUUAGUUUUGUAAAAAGUAGUAGUGGUAGUGGUAGUGUUAGUAAAAAUGAAUAUGGUUUAUGUUUUAAGAGUAAUUCAAUGAGUUGUAGUGGAUCGAUUGCAAGCUAUUCAACAUCAAAUGACAUAGCUGCAAACAAUAGAAAUAUAUUUGAUCUUUCAAAGGAUAUGAGAUCGUUCUUGGAGGCCAAAGACAAGAACGACAUGAAAGUAACCAAUGAACAAUGGUUACAACUUCUAAGAAGUAGAGCAAACGCAGGUUUACCAGCACAUAUGAAUUUCGAAAUAAUAUCUUUGGAAAAUGGUGUCAUGCAAGUUAAAGAUUAUCAUAUGGCAGCAAAUGGAUAUAUUCAUGCAGCUAGUUUAAUUACUCUGGCCGAUACUGCAUGUGGAUUCGGAUGUUUCACACAGUUACCUAAAGGAUCGUAUGGUUUCACCACAAUAGAGUUGAAAACCAAUUUCCUGGGAACAUCGAAAUCGGGGGAACUUCUCAAGUGUGAAGCUAAACUCAUUCACUCUGGAAGAUCGACACAAGUAUGGGAUGCAGUCAUCAAAACCGAGUCAGAUAAAACACUUGCAUUAUUUAGAUGUACUGAAAUGAUUUUGUAUCCAACUUCUACUACAACUACAACCAAUACCAAUAGCAAUAAAAAAUAA